AUGAAGACCUCAUCCAUCGCCCUCACCCUUGCAGCAGCUGCCGUUACGAGCGCACAGGAUCCGUUCUACAACAUCAGCUCUGCACCAUUCUUCCUAGUCGUCACAUCCGAAGACGGAAAGGUCAAUGACACGCUAAGCGCCUGUCACGUCGGUGCAGCCAUCGAAUCACUCUGCCUCAGCAACGCUGGCGUAGGAGACAGCCCAGAACCCCUCGACGGCGCACAAUUUCAAUUCAACACAUCUGUCUACUCUCAAGCACCAGAGGACGGCUUCGGCCUACCAGGCAUCUUGACCUGGUGGUUGAACACCACCACCCUCGACAUUCCCUCAUCAGCGGCUUUCAACCUCGACCCAACUUCCAACCUUGCAGGCAUCACUCUCAGCCCCGGAAGCGGAAGCGAUACGACUAUGCUAGCUUUCGACUCUCAGGACGAACUCACGUAUCAGGGCUACGUCCGCGGCGAGAACAACACAGGCAACUACCAGGAAUUCUACCGCUGGUUUGCUUGCGACACGGACUAUGCCAGCUACAGGUACAACAACCUGGCAUGGGGAUUGGGUGCGGGCAAGCCAGACAACCCAACCUGUGUCUCGGUCAACGUGACGAGGACCUUCGGCACCCAAGGCAUCCUCUCCUGGACCAUCCCCUACGACCCCUACCCCAUCGACCUCUCCGUGCUCCUCCAACCCCAAGACAUCGUCCCCUUAUCCAUCGCCCAGCUCGCCAUGACCUACAGUGGCGACGGCAGCCUCUCCUUCGACAACAACGACAUACUCAACUUCCAGAAUCCGAUUACCUGGGGGGCGGAAAAACCUGAAAUGGGGGAGUGGACGGGCUAUUAUCGCUGGUGGUCUUCUCCCUCCUCCACGUCAGAUACGCCUAUACCUACCAGUUCUACUGAAACGAUCAUCGAUGUCUCCAGUACCUUUACGAGCACUUACUCCGCCGACUUCUCGAGCGGUCUCCCGGGCAUUGUCCUGAGCACAUUCACAUCCGGACGGCAGAACGCCACCGCUACCUCGUCGACGACAACACAAGAGUUCGAGACCCAGAAACCCAACGAGACCUCCGCUAUACGCCUCUGCCAUACCUCCUGUAACCUGCUCGACGUGGGUACCCUCGAAUCAUACCUCGCAACAGUCAAAGGUUGGCUCGACCAAAACCCGUUCGAAGUCAUUGCCAUCAUGAUGGGCAACAACAACGGCCAGGACACUCGAAACCCAGCGACAGACUAUAUCGCACCUUUCCAAAACUCGGGAAUAAUGGAAUACAUAUGGACACCACCUUCGGCUAGUCUGAAUCUGACGGACUGGCCCACAUUGGCCGAGAUGAUUAUUAGGAAUAAGCGUGUCGUGGUGAUCUUGGACUAUGGCGCAGACCAGGAACAAGUCCCGUGGCUGCUCAGCGAAUUCAACUAUCAAUGGCAAACACCCUUCUCACCCACCGAUCCCGCAUUCCCAUGCACGGAGCAACGACCCCCGAACCAGCCAGAAGAAGUCUCACGCGAGCGCAUGUACGUGAUGAACCACAACCUGAACAUCGAAGUCAGUCUCCCAGGCGUGAGCAGCAUCCUCAUACCAGCAUACUCCCUUCUCGAUGAGAUCAAUGCUGUGUCCGGAAACGGUAGCGUUGGUCUCAAUGUACAAAACUGCGAGAAAAUGUGGGCUCGUCCGCCGAAUUGGAUACUCGUCGACUACUACAACUAUGGCAACUUUAAUGGCUCUGUCUUCCAGGUUGCUGCGACGGCCAACAACGUCACGUACAACGAGCAGUCGUGCUGUGGAACAGAAGGUACUAGCACGGCGCAUAUUCUGAGAAGCCAAAGGCUUUCCAUAGCUUCAUUGUUUGUUGGCGCUUAUCUGUUGUGGUGA